GCCAGACUCCCGGGAUGGCAGAAAGUACAGUUCUGCUGGCUGCUGUGUCCUUCCUCUCUGCCUGUCAGCAAAGCUAUUUUGCAUUGCAGGUUGGGAAGACGAGGCUGAAAUGUAAGAUCGCACCCCCAGCAGUCACUGGCUCACUGGAGUUCGAGAGAAUAUUUCGUGCCCAACAGAACUGUGGGGAGCUUUAUCCUGCAUUCAUCAUAACACUGUGGGUGGCUGGAUGGUAUUUCAACCAAGUUUAUGCGGCCUGUCUGGGUCUCGCCUACAUUUAUGCUCGUCACAAGUACUUCUGGGGCUACGCAGCCGCUGCUGAGAAAAGGGUCACUGGGUUCCAGCUGAGCAUGGGGAGUUUGGCCUUGCUCUCGGUCCUGGGCGCCCUGGGAAUCGCCAGGAACUUUCUGGGUUAGUACCCAGCCUCCGAAACAGAGCUGGCACUUCCGGCUCCUCCUUCUAGUCAUGCCUCCCUUCUGCAGGUAACAUG